AUGAUACUUUGUUUGCUGGAAGUCAUUGAGUUUUCCAGUAGGAUCCCGCUCCAGCUCACAAGGCCAGGUCAACUCAGCAGUGGCUGCAAAAGAACAUCCCAGAGUUCAUUUCUGUAUCGGAUUAUCCCUCAGGAAGCCCUGAUCCCACUAGAUUAUCGGUUUUGUUCCGAACUGGAGAGGAUGGCAUGCGACAGAGCACACCCUAACUUGGAAAGGCUCAAACAAUCUCUGGUCCGAGUAGUUGAGCGCUUUCCUCAAGAAGUACUGCAGGUUGAAGCUGUGACAACACAGGCCAGGAGGAUAGAGGUGAAGUGGCCAGCACCGCAGCGGGGGUUGGAAACGGGAGACGGUGUCAGGGGUCGAAUUGCAAGAUAA